AUGUUCUCCCGCGCCACCCUCCUGCUCCUCCUCCUCACCCCGGCCACCCUCGCCGCGGCCACCCCGAACUGCCACGCGGCGGCCGUCCGGUGCCCCGUCGUCUUCGACGGCCGCGUCCCCGCCGCCGCGACCCCGCGGGACUUCGACACGGCCUCAGGCGGCGGCUGGAACCCCUACAACCCGGGCUACGUCAAGGGCGAGGGCCUGCUGUGGUCCGACAUCGAGGCCGUACCCUCGUCGCGCUUCGACGCCGGCGGGGGCACGCGCCCACUCGAGGUGACAGUCUCGGACAGGAGCAUCUUCAUGGGUCAGCGCGGCUUCCGGCGCGCCGGCCUGCAGUUCGCGGCGGACGCCAACGUCGGCAGCCCCGCCGCCGCGGGGGUCAAGACGCUGCAUUUCAGUGUGCGGCAGGACGCGGCGCGGCCGCUGAACCUGACGCACGAGUAUCUCAACGUCUGGCAUGAGACGGCGGCAUACGACGCGAACCAGUUCAAUUUCCAGACGGGCACCCUCAUCGGCCGGGAGGGGCUGCUGCCGAAAGACACCUUCAAGCUGUUGGACCGGGACAACAAGCUCCUCUGGUCGACGCCCGUGGCGACGGACGGCUCGUGGCAGAACUUUGCCCUGACGUUGGACUUUUCCAAAAAUACCAUCCAAGUCUGGUACUCCGCCGGCGGCGCCCGGCUCGCCAGUCAGGGCGGCGCCAUCCCGGCCAACCUCGCCGGGGACGGGCAAUACCAGAUCGGCAUCUUGAAGAAACCGACGGGCACCAGCGAUGUGGUAAACUCGGGGUAUCAGUCGAGCAACUUGGACGAGGGCCAGAUCUACGGAGGCAUCUUCAUUGAAGACAGCGCCGACGGGUGCGUGUCAAUUUAAGCCU